AUGUCUUCGAGGAAUAGGAGAGAUGUGGUCACGCUUUUUGACGUUUACUGUGAAGUUGGCGGCUCCCAAAAUGGCGUCGUUAUUUUGCAGAAGUACCCCGAAGACUUUAAUCAUGAACCGACUUUAAAAUCUAUUGCGCAGUUCACUUUUCCUUGCGGUUUUUAUGAUGAUGAAGAAGCCGUUCAGUUAUUUUCAUUCGUUCUUACUGAUGAAAGAUCUCAAUACACGUACGCGUACUGUCGUUAUACUCCUCGAAGCAAUACGUGUUUAUGCAUACUCAGCGGGUUGCCGUGGGCGAACACUUUCUAUGCGAUCCUUAAUCAUUUUUCAGCUGUAAUGAAUAAUAAGUCUGCUGAAGAACUUGAGUCACUAUUGGUUCAUGCUUAUCACACUCCUAUUCCUGGCCCGGGUGAAACUUUGAUGAUUGAAUCUAGUCUUGGUGUUAAUAAACUAGAAGUACUCGUGCCAGAUUGCAGUAGGUUGCCUACACUAAGGGAAAACAAAUACCUACUGGAAUUUUAUAAUGCAUUAAACGAGAAGCAGAUGAUUGCCUUGUAUGCCAGUUUAUUGAAAGAACGAAGGAUUUUAUUUACGGGUUCCAGACUAGGUCAGCUGACAUCAUGUGUCUUUGCCGCUGCUAUGCUGUUAUACCCUAUGCACUGGCAGAGUUUAUUCAUACCAAUAUUGCCUUCUGACUUGAUUGAUAUGCUUAUGGCACCAAUGCCGUAUCUAAUUGGUAUCCCGAAGAAAACUUUUCUGUCAGCGAAAAACUUGGAUUUGGGAGAAGUUGUCACUGUGGAUUUGGACCAACAUACAUUUCAAAGCCCACAUAACGAUAUGAACGAACUGCCUUCAGAAGUAGUCCAAGUUUUGCGGAAUCAAUUUCGUUCUUCAGCUGACAUGUUUGUAUCCGAUGGUCUCGCGCGCUCUUUUCUCAGAGCGAAUACAUUUUUAUUUGGUAAUUAUCGUGCUGGUUUUCGAUUUUCUCCUAGCUGCACAUGGGAUAGUGAAAAAUUUGUGCGAAAUCAGCGUCCUUGCCUGCAGCUUUUCCUGAAGUCGUUAAUUGGCCAAGAUGGGGUGCAGUAUUUGGAAAGAUUCUUUGAAGAGCGUAUCGCUGCAUUCAACGCAGGGGAACCUAUCAAUGAUGAAUUUGAAAAGGAAGUUCAGUUAAUGGAAAAAAGGCCUUUAAGGAAUUCCCCCUUGGUUCGUGGAAAUGCAAACGAGAUGAUUGGCGCAUUGAAGGAUAAGGUGCAGUCUAUAGCGCUCAAGGAACGGUUUUCCCGAUUGAAUUCCAAAGAUUCUAAAAAGGAAGGAUCAAAACCUCACUCAACAUUUUUUGAUGUCGCUCCUAUGUCUUUUGACCCGCAACAAUGGGCCAUCGAAAAUCCUGAGGAGGAGCCACAUUCUUCUGUACUUGAUCUUAUUGACCUAAGCGACGAUUCUGCAAUCCCUUGUUCUUCUUUAAGCACUCCGUUUGCUCCGUCACGUUCUUUACCAAUGAGCCCUGACUUGCAGUCAAAUCGUAAGAUGAUGGAGAACGUAUUUAAUGAACAGCGUGGUAGCAGUGUUGCUUAUAAUGCUGUAAGUAGUUUUCAGCCAAAUCGGGUUUCUUCCCAAACUAGCUUAGAGGUCCUCAGGCAAGGCUGGCAACGUUUUGACUAA